ACAUAACCUAAAUGAGUUAGUUAGGUUAGUUUAAAAUGUCCAGCCUCUGCCGUAUAUUUCAAAAAUUAACGGUGUUGGAGGCGUCCAACCCCACACGAUUAUUAGUAAGUGUGCGUAACAAAACGAAGCACGUGGAACUACCCGAAAUUGGCAGGGGCAAAGCGUUCAGACGAAUAGUACACUACCCAGAAAAAUACACGGUGAAACCCCUGGACGUAACUAAUUUAGCCGGAAGGGACCCGGAGACCGGUCGCCUGGUGGUUAAAGGUAUAGGCGGCGGAAUUAAGCAUAAGUACCACUGGAUCGACUGGAAACGGGUGGGGCCUAAGGAGGGCCCACCAAUUGUAGAAAAGGUUAUCAAAAUCAUAAAGGAUGGGUGCAGGACAGCCUACGUUGCCCUGGUGGCCCACGAGGACAAACUCAAGUACAUUCUGGCCACCGAAAACAUGAAAGCCGGUGACCUCAUAAAGACGUCCAGUCACAUACCACGUAUACCUGUGAGAGCCAACGAAGGUGAUGCAUAUCCACUGGGGGCUUUGCCUUUGGGGACCAUGGUCAAUUCUGUUGAAAAGUACCCGGGUACGGGCAGCUUUUUAAUCCAUGCGGCUGGUUCUUACGCCACAAUUCUUAGGAAAGCACCUAACAAUCAUGUAGUCAUCCAGUUGCCCAGCAAAAGGGAAUUCAGUUUGCCUGAGGCAUGUAUGUGUACGGUUGGCAGAUUGAGUAACGUGGACCAUAUAAAUACCCCCAUUGGGUCAGCACAGAAAAAUAGGGAAUUGGGUAAUAGGCCAAGAUCUGGACUGUGGCAAAGGAAAACUGGUCGAUUUGGUAGGAAACUUAAGAAAACACCUCCAGUUAAAACUAUUCGACCUAAAGACAGGGAACUACCAGAAAUGAUUAAAUUCACUGUUGAUAGACCUUUUGUUAAAACUAUGAGGUCAUACUUUCAUAAUUAAGUUUAAUUAUUUAAAUAAAAUGUAAAUGAUUCUGUA